AUGCCAAAGAAUUGCAGCAAAGACUGUCUAGGUAUUCGAUACCGCAUUAACGGCCUCCACCAGGGAUUCAAGUGGCUCCAUCAAACUAUUGAGCUUCACGAGUACCUCAUCUCCAUGACGUCUGAAUUCACGGACAAGUCCGAUUCAUCCUGCAUGCGGAAACAACAUUAAAUUCAUCAUAAUCAACUGCUAUACACCAAAUAAAACUGCCAACAGGAGCAACAGCACAUCCUCCUGAUAUUCAGUGUUUGCCAGCAGGACUGCCCACAAACAUCCAGUUGAAACAUUUUGUUUAAUCUUUUUACCUCUUUGGUGUGAAAGGAGAAAAAUCCAA